AUGAAGAGAAGACCGCCACUAGAUGAUGACAAUGGCUUUGCCCAGCACGGUGGCUAUAUGUCAGCUAAAAUCACUAAAUUGGAAGAACAAUUCAACACAAUUCAGUCAGCUUGCAGACAGAAAUCGAAAAUUUUUGAAGGAAUUUCAAUUUUUGUUAAUGGCUUCACAAAUCCUUCAGGUGAAGAGUUGAAAAGAAUAAUGAUGGAGCACGGAGGAACUUUUCAUCAUUAUCAAAGAUCGCACACAAAAUUUGUGAUUGCAUCAAAUUUGCCGGACGUGAAAGUGAGAACAAACAUCACCAGAAACAUUGUCAAGCCAGAAUGGAUAAGCGACAGUUUAAAGGAGAAUAAAUUAUUAGAUUAUUCCAAAUAUCUUCUAUACACAAACAAAAAUCGCGCCCAACCACAAAUUUCAUUCAAAGCUUUGAAUAAAAAUGAAUAUGAAGUGAAAAAAGAAGAAGUCGAUCCAUUCUCCCUAAGUUUACAAGCUUUAAAUGAUAAAAUCAAAGAUGAAUCAAUACCUGAAGGCAAAACUGGAACUGCAGUUGAUCCGAAUUUCCUUGAAGAAUUUCUCAACAAUUCCCGUUUGCAUCACAUCGCAACUUUGGGUUCAGGCUUCAAAUUUCAUAUCAAUGAUUUACGUAAAAAUCAUGACGGAAUUUUCCCAGAAAGAGAAAUCUUAAAAUCUAAAUUAAAGCAAUCAGAAAUGAAAGUUGAAAGUUCUGAAAUUGUGAUGCAUAUCGACAUGGAUUGUUUCUUUGUUUCCGUUUCAUUAAAGAAACAUCCACAUUUGAAAGGACUUCCUGUUGCUGUCACACAUUCAAAAGGACGAAACGAAUCUGAAGAUUUCACUUCAUAUUCUGAAAUCGCGUCUUGCAGUUAUGAAGCGAGGGCAAAAGGAUUAAAAAAUGGAAUGUUCGUUGGUGCUGCCUUGAAGUUAUGUCCAGAACUUAAAACAAUUCCUUAUGACUUUGAUGAAUACCGGAAAACUGCUUUCAUUUUGUAUGACACAAUUGCAAAGUACACUUUGGACAUUGAAGCUGUCAGCUGUGAUGAAUUGUACGCUGAUUUAAUGCCACUCGUCGAAGAAUGUAAAAUUGAAGUCAUGGACUUUGUGACGAUGUUAAGACAGGAAAUCUUCGAUAAAACUGGAUGUACAUGCAGUGUUGGCGUUGGCUACAAUCGAUUGCAAGCACGAAUGACAACUAAAGAAGCGAAACCAAAUGGCCAAUUUUCUCUUCUCGGAAUGAAUGUUGAAGAGUUCAUGAAAGAUAAAAAGAUUCGAGAUCUUCCUGGUGUUGGUCCAAACACAGCCUAUCAACUCACUCAAUUAAAGAUCGAAACAUGCGAUCAACUUCAAAAUUUGCCACUUCAAACAUUACAACAAACAUUUGGUAAGAAGUUUGGAGAGACUUUGCAAAUGAUGUCAAAGGGAAUCGAUGAUAAGAAACUUGUGUUUGAACAAGUCAGAAAAUCAGUUUCAGUUGAAGUUAAUUACGGCAUUCGAUUCAAUGAAGAUCAAGAAGUUCAUUUAUUUUUGAAGCAAGUUACUGAAGAGUUAAGUAAAAGAUUGAAAGAGAUUAGCAAGAAAGGAAAACUUUUAACUUUGAAGUUGAUGAUUCGAGCUAAAGACGCUUCAAAAGAAACUGCAAAAUUCAUGGGACACGGACAUGUUGAGAGAAUCAGCAAAUCAGUUCAAUUAUUAGCUGCGACUGAUGAUGCAAUAGCAAUUCAAACGACUGUGUUGAAGCUUCUUGCAGCUUUUAACAUUCCUCCAUACGAACUUCGAGGAAUUGGCGUUCAAAUGUCGAAAUUAGAUGAAGAGAAGAAAGACAAUAAACUUCUUGAAAUGUUUAAGAAAGUUGCUGAGAAGCAACAAAACGCGCCGAUUCAAGAGAGAAUUGAAGCUUCUCCUGUGAAGAUUAGAAAAAUUUCACCAGUAAAGAAACGUGGUCGACCAUCAAAGCUUUCAAAUGCUGAUCGAAGUUCAAACAUCUCAGUUGCUGACAUGUUCUCGACAAAGAAGAAUUCUCGAGUGUCUGCGAAGAAAACAAUUGAAAUGAUUGAUCCAGAAGUGUUGGCAGAACUUCCACCAGAAAUUGUUAAUGAAAUAUUGGAAGAAUAUCAAAUGCCUGAAGAAGUUGAAGAAAUUCCUGAGAUUGAAGAAAUAUCAGAAGAAAAAAAUGAUGAAAAUAUUUUCCUACAAUCAAAUUGGCGACAAGUCACAAAAUCUUUGAUUGACAACAACGAAAGUGCAGAACAAAUCAAAAACGACGCGGCGUCAUUAGUUCGCAUUAAAAAUAUUGAUUUAAUAUAUCUUGUUAUGAGAUUUCUUCAUAGAAUUAUUGAGGAAUGUGAUGAUGAAUCGUUAGCAUGGCGAGAAAAUUACAAUGAAAUUGCUGAAAGUGUGCAAGAAGAAAUGCAAAAGAUUUAUAAGAAAAAGCUUUCAAUACCAAAGAAAUUUAUUUAA